AUGCAUCAGCCUCAGUCUCAGGAUCAGCCUCAGGACCAGGAUCCGGAGCUCCAUCUGGAGGAGCAUGCCGCCAUGCCCCCUCUGCCUGAUGCUGAACGCGUUAGUGCUACCCUCAGCUCCAGCUCCAGCUCCACUGUCUCCUCCAUCAACAACGGUGGUCCUUUGGGCCAAGACAGUCACCGUCUUGGAGGCGAUUCCGCUCAGAGCAACCAUGGUAACGACGAUGUGGCCGCCGCCGCCGUUCAUGGAGACGCGCCAUCUGUCCUGCCUACCCUGCCCGACUCCUCUUACUAUCCCGGGCUCAACUUCUCACUCCUCGCCCGCUCACCCGCCGCCAGUUACGAGAACGGCGUUGGUCAGGCCAGGGAACGGAACCGCGUUGGUCUUCAGGCCAGCGUUUACUUGCCUGACCACAAGAUCCUGACCCGCAUCGGCCAGCAUCCCGUCCUUGGCGGCCAUUGGAGCUUUGCUGGCCUCUUUCGCAUCGGCUGGGCCGAUGUUGAUGCCGCCGCCUACUUCCCUGAUCGCCCGGUGACGUUCCUUGUGAUUAUCCGUGCAGAUUCUGUUUUGAAAGAUGUGUCUGUCGCUACAGAGUUGGCUGUGUGCUGCCACGAGAUCUUUGCGAGUCUCGGGUUUGGCGACAUUGCCGUUGAAAUUGCCCAGUUUGAGGCCACUCCAUGCAACGAGAACGACGAUGCUCGCCUUCGAGAUCGAGAUGCCGACGAUCGCGCCUGGUGUCCCAACAACGACUUGGAGCAUGACUUCGGACGCGACCCUGCCAUCGGGCGUAGCAUCGGUGUCAAGGGAUCGGAUAGCUCGGCGACGCUAUGUGGCUAUGUUGGCAUCAAUGGCCAGGUCUUUGGCCUGACCUGCCACCACGCCGUAGCUUCGGACAAAGCACGCCUAGAUGCCAUCCCGGUUUCCGCUGAUCCACUCGUCGUCGAGAGCCCGUCGCCCACAGAGCAGCGAAGAUGGAAGAUCUGGCUGGAAGAUCAAAUCACCGAGGCGACUUGUUUCAUGGUCAACCUGCAGGAUAAGAGAGACUUCGCGGCAUACAACAACCUGCCCUUCACGCAGCAACAGCAGGAUUCUUUGGCCAUGUGGGAACACCACGUCAAUGUGUUGACGGACCAGCUUCUGCGCGUAGACAAUGCCUCCCCUAGUCUGGGCACGGUGCUGAUGUCGUCGGGUCUUCACGACAAGGUCAAUGGCGCCUUUGUCCCUGAUUGGGCGCUUAUCGCGCUGGAUGAAGAGCGUUUCACACAGAGAGAGGCGCUUAAGAAUGUAUUCCCCGACUUCGGCCGCAAGGAGUAUAUCACCCCACCCAGCAUCAACCGUGUCUUCGCCGACUCCACAUUCCACUCGACUACCAAGCUCGCCACUAAGCUAGCCAACGGCAAACACAACGGCAAGGUCUUCAAGAUUGGCCGCACAACCGGCACGACGAGGGGCGUGCUGCAUGAGGUGUGCGUUGUGACGGUCAAAUAUCAAAAGGGCAGCGGCAGCAGCACCAGCACCGGCGACAAGGAGGUGGCCGUCGAGACCAAGGCAUGGGCCGUCACCGACGCGAAGGACAGGGACGGCCUCUUCGCGGUUCGAGGGGACUCGGGCGCGGCGGUCGUGGACGCCCUCGGCGUCGCUGUCGGCAUGAUAGUCGCGGAAGGCAGGGACCAGCUGAAAGGCAUUCCGUCGUGCCUCACCUUUGUCAUACCCAUGGAGGAGAUACUGAACCACAUUGCGGUGCGCUAUACGGAGAUGCUCGACCAGGGCCAGGGCCAGGGCCAGGGCCAGGGCCAGGGCCAGGGCCAGGGACAGGAAGGCGAAGACGGAGCUACUAAUGCUUUGUGUGUCAAGUGGCUCUAG